AUGACAAGCGAAGAGAGCAUGACAUUCAGUGAAGCCCAGGGAGUUACAGCCAAGAGCGACGUAGCCACUAUUGCGCUGCCUGCACGUCUACCACCAUUCUGGCGACAAAACCCUACAUUAUGGUUCGCACAAUUUGAAAGCGCCGUCGCUGCGAGCAAAAUCCGGGAAGAACAAAAAUUCAAUCUAGUCGUCCCACUCCUCGGUUGCGAUGACCUAGAACAAAUCGCCAAUAUUAAACUGAAUCCACCUGCUACUGGUAAAUACAUCACAUUGAAGAACAUACUAAUAUUCACGUACCAAGAAUCAGACCAUCGCCAGUUACAAAAACUACUCAGCGGUCUAGAACUCGGCGACUCAAAACCUAGCCAAUUAUUACGAAAAAUGCGUGACCUUAGCGGGCAGCUACUAACAGACGAAGCGUUACAAGUAAUAUGGCUCAACUAA